AUGGUGAGCGGGGACUCGGGCCUUGGCCGCAGAGCUUGGGACGUGGUCCACCUAGCUCUGCUGUGGCCGAGGAGAGGCGGCGCGUUCAGGCAGCUCCUCGCAGUCAAGUUCCGUCUCGCUGUGGCUAGAUUCGUCGAGACCAUCGGCGGCGGCUGUGGCUACGGCAGCUCAAUGGCCCGGGAUCGAAUCCGCUACGAGGAGCGCGAGCUCUCGUUCGACGAGACUCCAAUCUUCCACGUCAAGAUGCACCGUCCCAGAGGAUCCAGGAGGUCCCACUUCCGCCUCCCUCGCAUCCCCUGCAUCAGCCCGGACGUCGAUUUCGAGUACGGAUUCUUUGACGACGACAAGGAUGGCAACUGCGAGAGGAAGAGCCUGGUCGCCGUACGAGACGGAGGAGACUGCGUGUACGGCGAGAGGGCGUCGGGAUCGUCCGAAGAAGAAAGGGAAGAAGGGAUUGAUGAGAGGGCAGAGGAGUUCAUAGGGAAGUUCUAUGAGCAGAUGAAGCUGCAGAGGCAGACUUCUUACUUACAGUACACUGAGAUGCUGAGCAGAGCCACGAGCUGA